UUUAGAUCAUCUGGUAUCCUUAGUGAAAGCCAAUAAGGAUGGUGAGUUGUCACAUGAGUUUUUAACUGGAUGUCUACUCAGCUCACUUGAUGCCCGUACAAAGAAAGGCGGCAUCCCCAGAAGAUUUGCUCUGGCCCUGAAGGCGCUGAAAGAUAGGAAAGAACUUUUAAUAACGAAGUCAGACAAAACAAAUCAAAUAGUGAUUUUGGAUCGUGGUCACUACAACAGCAAACUGGAUGACCUUCUGGCGGACGUGCAAACGUACGAAAAACUGGCGAAGAAUCCUUUAGAAGAUAAAGUGAAGAUGUUCAACAAAAAACUAAAGAAGCUUCUUGGAAACACAGAAUUUUGCAAGCAGUUCCAAAGCAUCAACUCGUCUCUACCUUACAUGUAUGGUCUCCCAAAAACGCACAAGGUAGGCACGCCCCUCAGGCCGAUUAUAUCCAAUAUUGGAUCUGUGACCUACAAACUGUCGAGAUGGCUUGCCGAUCACCUCGCUCCAGCAGUGAGUGCCAGCGCGGACUCCAAUGUAAGCAACAGCCAAGAUUUUUGUGAAAAGGUUAAGGGUCUUAACAUUCCGACAGGAAGUCGGCUGGUCAGUUUUGAUGUGGACUCACUUUUUACGAUGGUGCCAGUCAAAGAAACAAUUAAGUACCUGGAAGAAGUCCUGCCGAGACUUAACUUAGAUAUACCUGUCUCUAACAAGAAGUUCAUUGAGCUGGUUAGACUGGUGUUGGAUGACAACGUGUUCGUAGCGAACGAUCGCUUUUAUAGACAGAAAGCUGGCCUAGCGAUGGGGAACCCCCUGUCACCUAUCUUGGCGAACCUCUUCAUGCAGUAUUUCGAGAGCAGGCUGCUUAAAGAUAUAGCUCCGCCCGGUAUGGUUUGGCUUAGAUAUGUAGAUGACGUGUUUUCCAUUUGGCCAGAAGACAGCGACUUUGACAACUUUUUCUCUAAGCUGAAUGACCUACACCCUUGCAUCAACUUCAAAGUAGAGUGGGAGAAGGACAACAAAAUCCCAUUUUUGGACGUUCUCGUUCAGAGAACUUCAUCAGGGUUUCGCUUUUCAGUGUACAGAAAGCCGACAAAUUCAAACUCUUACAUUCACUACUAUUCCUUUCAUGACAAACGUGUCAAGAAGGCAGUGAUUUUGGGACUUUAUCUAAGAGCGUACAAAGUUUGCAGCCCAGAAACACUAGAUGAUGAGUUACUAAAUAUCCAACGGAUAUUUACAGGGUUACGAUACCCAGAAUGGUUCAUACAUGAAGCUCACAUGGCAGCUAGAAAAACUUUCUUCACUAAGCAUAGAGACAAACGUGAAGUGCCUAAGAAAUGUUUAGUAUUGCCAUACAAUGAGGGUUUGACAAGUUUCAAAAAUAUCUGCCGCGAAGAGGGUGUGGGCGUGGCUUUCACAUACCCAAAUACUAUAUCAAAGACUUUGAUACGAAACAAACCAAAAAGUGGAGCGAGUGUUGGUGUGUACACCAUUCCAUGUAAAGAGUGCCCUGACACGGCUUAUGUGGGUGAAACUGGACGAAAUUUAGAAAAACGAACUUAUGAACACCGAAGAGACAUACGCGUGGGAAAUGACAAAAGUGCAAUUUUCUGUCAUGUUAGAGACUACCAACAUUCAAUGGACUUCGACAGGGCCAAAAUUGUCUUUCAUUCUGAUGACUACAUUAAACGCCGUGUUGUAGAAUCUGCUCUUAUUAGUACGACUAGAAACAUAAACAUGUCACAGGGUCAUUUUGCAUUUAACAAGGUCAUUUCCGGAAUUAUUAAGGCCAGGUUUUACAAGAGAAGCGCCAUUUGAACGGUGUCAUG